AUUUUUUUUACUUUCUUUCAGGUAAAAUUGUUUCCCGGAAGUGACAAAUUUGAAACGGAAUCAAAACCAGAGUCGUGGCCAAUCUACAAUCAAAAUUUCAGCUUCGAAAUUGCUAACUCUCCAGUCACUAGCACGAACAAAGAGCUCGACGAAAUACUCCGAGCAAGCAAUUUUCUAGUCUUUACAAUUUACGCUUUAGACGCCAAGCAGAAGAGACGAGUGAUUGGUGCUGCCACCUGGCCGGUUGAUCACAAAUUAUUUACUCAUAAACUGAAUACGCUAGAUUUCGGCGACAACGAAGAGCUAGAAACUCCAGACAUCUGGCGGAGAACAGAAGACAUGUCAAGUGGGAUUGUUGGAGCAAAGCAAAAUAGAGAAGACAAGAGCAACCAGCUGGAAGUGACGCUGUGCUACUCCCCCAGAAAUUCCGAGGAGGGCGAAACAGAAGAACUUACUCUUGGGGUCACCAAGCUGCGCUGGAGUGUCGAAUCUGCCCUGGAGUACGAACGGAAAAACGCUCUCCUGUACGUAAAGUUGAACGUGCUUGAUGGUGGCAGAACUAUCAAGGCCUGCAAGACGAAACCCUUCGCUCCAAGCAUAUCAGUGCCUCUGUCGGCAGACAAGAACAACUCCUCACUUACAGUUCACCUACCGUCCAACAGAGAGCACCUUACGUGCCAACUUAGCCUCUGCACUAAACCAAGUUUAGGAAAGAAGAUUGUCUUCGGAAGGGUGGUACUCGCACCGGGGUCUGAACACUGGGACAAGACGUUCCAGAUGCCAGCAACAACAAUAACACAGUGGCACAGCAUUCGCUGAACACUGGGAAACUGAUGGCCUGUUCAUUCACUAACAAAUAUCGAUGUUGGUAAAACUGGAUUCAAAUUCAAAAAAAAAAUCUUGUUGAAUUUCAGAAAAUGCUGUCGGCUUAGGAUUGGAUUCGUCUGCUUUAUAUCUAAUGGCACGAAACGUACUGUAAAUAAAACAAAUGACAACAUCUUUCAAA